AUGGCUACCAAGGGUGAUCUUGACCAUGAAACUGGCAAGAAACGACCAUUAGAGUUCAUUCCUGGGGAUGAGAGUGAUGAUGAAUUUUCAGAGCAACAUUUGUUUGUUGAAUCCGUUCCACCAGAAGAGCUUUCAACGAAAGCCAUCUACAUGCGCGUUCACCGCGUUUUCAAGAAACGAAAGGAUGGGACCUUCCAAUUAGAUGACCGAUGGAACAAAGCAUGGGCAGAUGUCGAAGGUGGUGGCAGAGAUGAAGUGUACUCAAUUUUUGAGAAAGACCGAUUCAUCAAACGAUGCAAGGCUAUCACCGAGAAGAUCUCUGAGGAAGUGAUGGAAGUGGAAGGGGAAUGGUUGACUGUUGGCGAUAUGCAACAGACCAAGAUCAAGGGCAUCGUUCGCUACACUGAGAGCCGGCCACAUCUUCAAAGGAACACAAAGCGGCACAUUUCCCAGGAGGUCAAGGAGUGGGAGGAGGAACAGGACAUGGAGGAAGAUGAUUUCAAGUCUAGCGCUCGCGCUCCCACUUUGGAUUGGGGAUAUCUGGAAGACAAGCCUGCAGACCAACCGGUUACACCAGGCUUGAGCUUGGGCAACGUAGUCCAAGACUCUGAUACUGCACCUGUGCCGGUCGAGUCAGAGGAGACCAAGCGAGAGAUGGAUAAAAUUGGAUUUCCCGUGGCGGAAGGUGACCUGUCCCCAGGUGCAAUGGUUCCUAAGGCAUGCCAAGCUAUCCACAGGCAGAUUAACAAGUUGGAGGCCAUGAUCGAGGCUUGCAAAGGUGUUGACAGGCUCACCCCUCUACAAGAACGGAUGAAAGGGAAGCUGCAGGAGGCGGCUGAGAGUCUGAUCCAUCACGAUGAGCAACUUAUGGAUCAGCAUGGAGAAGGUGUGUUGGAUGGAUUCACCCGACAGCUUCUUGACAUCCCAAAAGGUCCCAAAAGUUUUGUUUUAUAA